AUGGCCUCCUCCUCACUCGCCCCGUACCAGCUCGAGCUCAUCCAGAGCGCCAUGUCAGUGGAGGCCCUGAAGUUCGGCUCGUUCACACUGAAAUCCGGUCGUAUCUCGCCAUACUUUAUCAAUGUCGGUCUGAUCUCGACUGGGCCGCUGCUCACGUCGCUGUGCGGCGCGUAUGCGUCGAGUAUCGCGACGUCGCUCAAGGAGAAGACGCUGCCGGAGUUCGACGUGCUGUUUGGGCCCGCAUAUAAGGGUAUUCCGCUUGCUGCUGCGACGUCGGUGCUUCUGCACAAGGAGCACGGGAUUGACACUGGCUUCGCGUACGACCGGAAAGAGGCGAAAGAUCACGGCGAGGGCGGAAUGCUGGUCGGUGUACCCAUCAAGGGGAAGCGCGUGCUCAUUCUGGACGAUGUCAUGACGGCUGGUACUGCUGUGCGCAACUCGCUCUCAAUGAUUCGCGCUGCGGGAGGCGAGGUCGUAGGCGUUAUCAUGUGUCUCGACCGUGAGGAGGUUGGAAAGGAGGGUGGGAGCACCGUCAAAGAGCUGGAGAAGGAGCUUGGAGGGCCUGGCCGCGUUACUGCUAUCUUGAAGAUGCGCGAUCUGAUGGAGUGGUUGAAGGAGAACGGACGUACGGAGGAGCUCAAGGCUAUGGAGGCGUACCGGGAGCAGUAUGGUGUCAAGGAGUAG